AUGUUUCGUCGUAUUUCCGCAGGCGCGUUAACUGUUGCUGCGGCCCGUUUCUACACGCCUUCAGAAGGCAUGAAGAAGCUUUACAAUAGCGACUUUGACAAGUCUCAGUUCCCGCUGAACAUUGUGCCCAGUGAUAGUGUUCUCUUCGCUAAGUUUCUCUACAAGGCAGCGGAGCAGACGGGUAACUUUGAUGCUGUUUUGAAAGAUUUCCAGGCAAUUGCCAGCACCUCUGCAAAAUUACCCAUUUUCUGGGAGCGCACUGCCGUGGUGGAAGAUAUCGCCGAAUUCAAGAAACUCUCAGAGCCCACGUUUUUCACGCUGGUCUGGAUGCAAAAUAAUGGCAUGCUAGAUCUCAUCCCUAACGUGGCUGAGGUCUAUGAAGCAUACGUAAACGCAAAGCAGAAACGGGCCGUUGCAAAGAUCUACGUUGCCCCAGGGAAGGAAGGAGACACGGCGGAGGCCAAGAAGGUGGCACAGGAAUUGCAUAAGGAAGCUAAGGAGCUCACCGGCUACACGUUGACUUUCAAGACUGUCGUGGAUCGUUCCAUCGUUGCGGGAUUUGCCGUAGAGCUUGCUGGUCAGUAUGUUAACCGCGCCGAAGGACAGAAAAAGACAACGUCAAGUUCAGACGAAGGAGACUACACAAACAUUCCAGCACCGAAGCACGUUAAGACGUUAUGGGAGGAUAAUAUCGAGACAGAGGUCUUAAGAAAGUACCUUGAUAGUCUCUCGGAGUUUGACGAAGAAGAGGCAAAGUACGGUGUGUGA